AGAUGUUCUUAUUUCAUCACCCUUCUUAUUAUCAACGGGAAAAUCUCACACGUAACCGAACGCUUCGUAACUCAUAAACAAGAACAUUUUUGCAGGUACUUUUUGCUUCAGUGCUGAGCACUACUUUGACACCUAGACAUCGCCACAGGCACAUAUACAGCGUAUAUUGACGGGAAAAAAAAACCCAACAAAAAACGGAAGCUCAUUGCUUUCUUUAGAUCCUCUGAUGUGCACAUAAAUUUGACUCGAGACUACCAGGCGACGCUUUAAGGUUCCGAGCCACACGCCGAAAGCCCCCCGGUGUGCGGACAGCCCGUUCCCGCCGCGCUGCUCUCCCGUCAAAGGCUACAUUGUGUCCCCUCUGGCAUCCGCCGACGGCUGCUGCGGACAGGACGGUCUUUUUUAUCUGCCGCUGGGGGACUGCAGGCAUGGAGCAGAGGUGAGAGUCAAUCCAUGGAUGGCCAGUUACACUUUUGCAGUGUACCAACAUCAUAAGCUCCAUCCUACCACAGACUGCUGUAGCUACCGUUUAUCUAUCGCCAUGCUGAGAGAGAGCUCCUGGACCCUGACUAUGUUGCCAUGGUGACCCUGUAGCAAGCAACAGUCACCAUGGGAACGUCCAGGAUGUUUCGCGUCUUCGUCGUCCUUGGCUCAGCCUUCAUGAUCCUCCUGAUCAUCAUCUACUGGGAUGAUGUUGGCGCCUCCCACCUGUAUUUGCACACUCCUGUCUCACCAGGCCCCAGAAUCCCACACCACCAUCCUCCCCAGCAGCGGCCUCAAACCUCCCAAACCCCGUCCUUCCUGUCCGACAUCGAUGCUUUUGUUAACCAGUUCUUAGAGCCUGGAACUGGCGAGCCGACAGACACCGCCCCUGCUGACACAAGUAACCAAUCAGAGAAAGCAGAGGAACGGUAUAUACCACGGCGGGAGUGGAAGAUUCACCUGACUCCAGUGGCAGCAGAGCUCCGUGAGAGACAGGAGCAGCGGCGAAAGUUACUGAAGGAGAUGUGUGCUAAUGACAGCUUGGUGUUUCCCGGCAAAAACCGUUCGUUUGAAGACAUCCCCAACAAGGAGCUGGAUCACCUCAUUGUGGACGACAGGCAUGGCAUUAUCUACUGCUAUGUUCCCAAGGUAGCGUGCUCUAACUGGAAGCGCAUCAUGAUUGUGCUCAGUGAAAGCCUGCUGAUUGAUGGUGUUCCUGUGAGAGACCCAAUGGCAAUCGACACACACCUGGUCCACAACAACAGCCUGCACUUUACUUUCAGCAAGUUCUGGAAACGUUAUGGCAAGUUUUCAAAGCACCUCAUGAAGGUCAAGCUGAAGAAGUAUACCAAGUUUCUUUUUGUACGUGACCCCUUUGUGCGCCUCAUCUCCGCUUACCGGAAUAAAUUUGAGCUGCCCAAUGAAAACUUCUAUCGGCGCUUUGCACAGGUCAUGCUGCGCCGCUAUGCCAACCAGCCAACACCUCCUAAAUCUGUGGACGAGGCGUUUAGCAUGGGUGUCCAUCCCUCUUUCUCCCACUUUAUCCAGUAUCUCCUGGAUCCUCAAACAGAGAAGGAGAUGCCCUUUAAUGAGCACUGGCGGCAGAUGUACCGGCUUUGCCAUCCAUGCCAGAUUCAGUAUGACUUUGUGGGCCACCUGGAGACAGCAGAGGAGGAUGGCGAGCACCUACUCCGCCUUCUGCGGGUGGACAACGUGGUGGAGUUCCCCUUCCCCAAAAAGAACCUCACAGCCAGCAGCUGGGAGGCUGAUUGGUUCAGUGCAAUCCCUGUCAAGGUGCGGAGAGAACUCUACAAGCUGUACGAACCUGACUUCAGUCUCUUUGGCUACCAAAGACCGGACUCGAUCCUGAAUGAUUGACUGAUGUUUCUACAGAACUAGCUCAGCCACAUACAGACAUAUUUAUGUUAUGUUGGUAUGUUGGUAUGUUAUGAAACAAUGCUACGCUCCUUAUAGCAGAGACAACUCCCCGUUCUGAAAUUGCAGAUGUGUUCUUUAUUCUUACUCUACACUGAAUGUGUUCAUGAUUAAGGACACUCGCUGCUCUAAGGAAGCACACUAAUAAGUUGAAACCAGGUAAUUAUUGUCCAUUAUUGUUUGACUUUUUACAUCACAAGGACAACAAGAAGCACAAGAAGAGUUAGACACAGUUGAGAUUGGUAUUUUCCAAACAACAUGUGUCCUUAAGAUGUUGCACAUCUGGUGUGUUCACGCUGAGUGUCUCGCACUCCCUCCGCUGACUUCGAUGCUACGCCACGGCUGCCAUUUGUGAUGAUAACUGUGAUGAUCACACUGGCUUUGUAGCAGGAUGUUUGAGACCUCGCCGAAGUGAUGUCACAGAUCCAUGCACCAUGUUUGUGAUGUCAUGGGAGAUUAGUUUUUGUGUAGUUGCACUGGUUGUCAUCUAAUUCUUUUCACACAUGUCUAAGUGCAAUGUUUCUGUUGAGCAUAAAAGGAAUUUUUAUGUUGAAAAUUGAUGACAGCUAUCAACGCCAGAAACCGGUAGAAAUCUUUUAUACCUCACAGUACAUGGAGCAAACGCUGUCCAUUUUCACAGGAUGAUGUACUACAUGCCACAUUGUAGCCUCACCAUAGGGAAGCACAGCAGCUCCAGUGGGCAGUAGAAAGCGUAGCUGGAUUUGUCUCAACUUGUCUGGAGUUUAAACAUUCUUCCGUUUUCAUCUCAGAUAUACAAACAGACAGUUUUCCAAAGGGAAUAUUUUCUUUUCUUUUUCGUGACCACAAGUUUUACAAUCAGCAUAUCAUCUUCGUGUUUAACUGUAGCUACUCUCACUGAACUACAUUUUAUAACCCUGGAAACUGCAGCAAUGUUGUUGUUCCCCACCCUAAAUAUGAUGAACAUGCUUUCACGUUUUAUGGGCAGCAGUUUCAUGAGCUGCAGUACUUUGCAGAAAGGAGAUGAACACAUUAUGUGAAGCCGAGCAUGUGCUAUACUACUGCACUGUUGCAAAGAUAUGUCACUCCACAUGUCGGGUUAAUGCUAGGAAAGUGAGCACAGCUGUAAACCUUUCCGAGUAACCGUUUGAUCAUGGAUAGAUUCGGGAUUAAUCACAUCUUGGUCUGGGCAUGGAUUAGGCUACAGGUUUUAUAUGAGAAGAUUGGGAAGAUAAGAUAGUGCCUUUGGUUGCAAAAGUUUACGCAGCAAAAAAGUAUUUUUGUAUUUUACUUCGAACACACGUACAGUGAGAGCUGUAUGAAGGGACAACAUGGCAUAUUUGAAAUACUUGGCACAUGUAAUUAUUAUUUUGAAAGAAAGGGAGAUGGCAUAAUGAUUAUGAUAAUGAUUAUGCUGCUGUGAGAACAUACAUGCAUGUAUGCAGUGCUUUGCUGUCUGUCUCUGGACAUGCAGAAUUCCUGUGAUAUUUGUGCUGUAUGUGAUGUCAUGGACAUGCCCAGUGUCGCAUUUUCUGCAAGUUACUAAGAUAUACAUGGUCACACUGUGGGCUCAGUGUUGUCUCACUGCCUUUUGCUUUAUUUGUUUUGUGUAAGUAUACAGUAUUUUACUGUAUUGUGUUAUUUUAACUCCUUAAUGACUUGAUUCUCACUUGGAGAGGUUGAAAUUAUUUAGCAGCAUUCACAAAAGUCUGUCAUCGCCACUUGGUGUGGGUUUUUUCCUUUUUUUUUUCUUUUAUGUAGAUCAAAAUAUUCACACAGAAAAGCGGGAAUUUGUUAAGAAAAAAAAGUGAAACACACCAAUCAGUACACACACUUCCAUCUCAUCAGUGUUUGGAUAAUCUCUUUAGUAUUUUUAUGUUCCUUUGUUGUAUUUUCUUAUGUUGGUGUCAGGGUGUUAAUAACUGGUUGCUAAGAUGAAAUGCCAGCAGUUUUGUUCUUGGCAGUUUUUUCUUUGGAAAUGGAAAUAAUUUUGUAAGGCGGAAUAAAACCUGGCCUGUACAUGCUGAUCCUGUAAAUUGAAAACCAGUCUUGGAGUGCUCUAUCUGAGGGUUAGAUUUUGAUUUAUUUUGAUGUUUUUUUACAGGUGUGUGUGUGUGUAUGUGUGUGUGUGUGUGUGUGUGUGUGUGUGUGUGUUUGUUGGAGGGGGGGGGGGUCAUUUUAAUCAGUAUCAUGGUGUCGUGCAUCAUCUGGUUGUGGUUGUUGGGCAUGAUGGAAAAUCUCUUGAAUAAAUGAUCUCUAUCU